GACCCCUCUUGUACUAUUAAAGUUCCACAUGGUGUACAUACAUACACAGAUCAUGCAUUUCUGCUUAGUUACAGUUCAUAGUAGAGCAAGGAAAGGCUUUGUGUCACUACCUACUGAAAGUAUAACCAAUACCUCCUCAAGUACCCAUUGAGGAGUCUUCUUUAGGGACGUUUUUUAGGAGUGGAAUGUGUCAAAAUUAUUACCCAAGAAUCAUUGGUAGUUUAUAACUGUGACCCACUGGUAAGCAAUGGCUGAGGGAAGGAGGUUUGACAUUCUGUCAAUGGCACUACAGCAGACUGGUGUUGAACAAACUCCUGUGUUACGGGAGCAAGCUUCGGUUGACAACUUUCAACCCCCCCCCACUGAUUUGAACUCACUACUUGACCAAGAUUUCUUUGCCAACUUUACUGCACCAAGCACACACACAAUCAAACAAGAGCCCACAGUACCGCUACCGUCUAACGGUGUACCUGGACACCUUACUGUACAACCUAGAGAUCCACUGUCACUCGCCUGUGCAACCUACCUCAAUCCUUCGAGUAUAAAGCAAUCUCAAGCCACAUACAAUGGUGCUCAAACUGAACUGAAGAGUGAACCGAUGGAAUUCUCAUCUAAUACCUUUAAUUUAGAGGACAUUGAUUUUGAUUUCAUGGACACCACCUCUGACCCCAAUACCUCACAGCAAGUGUUACCACUAGUAGACAACUCUUUUCCUCAACUUAGAGAUGAUGAGUUAUCGAGACUUUUAGACGAUAUCACAAGAACCGAUUUUCAAGCAACAACGCCCACUUUCUCAGCACCCUCUAGAGCCGAAUACUCCUUCCCCCCUCGAUACCCACCCAACCACUACCCGAGUUACAAUGGACGAGGUGUGGUGAGGGCUACUCAACUAGUGUCUCCAGCUGCUGCACGAGGUGUAGGUGUGGUCAGGGCUACUCAACUAGCGGCCCCAGCUGCCUCAGUGAAUGGACCUAGUCUAACUCCUUUCAAGAGAACGGCCAUGAUGUUACAGAAUCGUGGAGUAAGGAGACCACUUCCCGCCGCAGUGCAGAAGUUUAAGGUGAACCCAAACCCUCAGUCCCCUGAGGUCCCAGUACCGGCACCAGCAGAGGAGGAAUCUGACGAAGAAGACGAAGCUUUUGCAGCUGCAGACACUUACACCAACUAUGCACCUACAAAACUGAAGAUUGGCCACACUCAUCCUGACCCAGUGGUGGAGUCAAGCUCCCUGUCGAGUGUGGAACCCCCUCAGGUGUGGUUCGACCUGAGGCUGCCCCAGCAGACCAUAGACGAGACCAAACUGUCCUCGCUACAACUGGAGUCCAUUGUGUACGCGUGCCAGCAGCACAUGAACAUUCUCACUGAUGGUAGUAGGGCAGGCUUCUUAGUUGGUGAUGGUGCUGGAGUUGGUAAAGGGAGAACCAUUGGCGGUAUAAUCUUUCAGAACUAUUUGGAAGGCAGGAAAAAGGCUGUAUGGUUGAGUGUUUCAAAUGACUUGAAGUUUGAUGCCAUUAGAGAUUUGAAGGAUGUGGGUGCUAAAAAGAUUGAAGUUUACUCUCUAAACAAGUUUCACUACGGAAAGAUCAGUGGCAAAAGAAACGGUCGAGUGCGUAAAGGAGUUGUCUUUGCCACGUAUGCUUCGCUGAUUGGGGAGAGCUCCAGUGGGGGCAAGUACAGAACACGGUUCAACCAACUGCUGCACUGGCUGGGACCUCACUACGAGGGAGUCAUUGUAUUCGACGAAUGCCACAAGGCUAAGAACUUGGUGCCCUCAGGAGCUGGCAAACCCAGCAAGACAGGGCUCACUGUACUGGAGCUGCAGAAGAAGCUACCCAAGGCUCGCAUUGUGUACUGCAGUGCCACUGGUGCCUCUGAGCCCAAGAACAUGGCCUAUAUGUCACGACUGGGGAUAUGGGGCAAGGGUACACAGUUCCCAACCUUUCAGCAUUUCAUCAAGGCUGUGGAGGGAAGGGGUGUUGGUGCCAUGGAGAUGGUUGCCAUGGAUAUGAAGCUUAGAGGAAUGUACAUGGCCAGACAGCUCAGCUUCUCAGGAGUCAAGUUCUCAAUCCAAGAGGUGGAGCUAGCCCCUGUGUUCGUGGAGGCCUAUAAUGCCUCCGUUGAACUGUGGAUAGAGGCACGUCGCCUGUUUCAGGAGGCUUCUGACUUUAUGGCCUACGACAAAAAGAAGAACAAGACAAUGUGGGGCCAGUUCUGGGCAGCCCAUCAGAGGUUCUUCAAGUACAUGUGCAUAGCGGCCAAAGUCCCGGAGACCAUUAGUCACGCUAAGAAGUGUCUGGCUGAGGGCAAGUGUAUUGUGAUUGGUCUUCAGUCGACGGGGGAGGCUCGGACAAUGGAGCAGCUGGAGCAGGAGGACGGAGAGCUCACUGGAUUCGUCUCCACCAUCAAAGGGGUGCUGGACACUCUGAUCAGACGGCACUUCCCCGCUCCUGUCUCCACCUCCAUCAGUGAUAUUGACUGGUCCAUCUUCAACGAUGAUCCCACACUACCAAGGUCUUGUCGAAAGCGUCGUCGUACCACACGGCCUCGAGGAGGUCAGUUGUUCAAAGAGGACGACCCUGGAUCAUCAGACAGUGGGGAUAGUAGUGGGCAUGGUAGUGACAGUGCAGUGGAGAGCUCCAGUGAUGAUGGGGAGGGGUCGUCUGGGGAUAGUGGGUCCUCCACCAGCGAGAGUGAUGGGGAAUCAAGGUCAGAGGAUGCUGACGAUUACAACCCCUUUGGAGGAGGCAUGAGCGAACCGUGGCUCAAGAAGAAAGACAAGUCCAAGCGAAAGAAGUCUUCUAAAGCGGGGCCACCUGACAAGAAAAAGAGGAAAAACUUCUCCAUCAAGCCUCCACCCACCUCCAGCAGGAAGGGCUCCAAAACGAAGACUGGUUUCAACUCGAAGAGCCUCAGGUUUGAACCAGUGAACUCGCCUAUUAACGCUCCCCUGAAGAAACCUCCCCCCGCCAUGCCUCCACAGUUACUCCACCCACCACCCGCCCAGUCUCUCAUACCGUCACAGCCUCCUCGUAAGAGCAGCAGCAUGGCGGUCUCUCUUGGAGAGCACGACAACCUUGUGGAGGCCAUGAGUGUCAAGUUCAAUACCGAUGGGUUGAUGCAGCCUGGCCCCGAGUCCAGGGCAAUAGGGGAUGCUACUGUUAGGAAGAUGAAGGAUGACCUGCUGCGUAAGCUUGAGCUGCUGUCUCCCCAUCUCCCCACUAACACACUGGACGAGCUCAUCGAUGGUUUGGGGGGACCUCGACAGGUGGCGGAGAUGACUGGACGCAGAGGGCGUGUUGUGAGUGCCCCUGAUGGUUCAGUGCAGUAUCAGCUACGCAGUGAGGGGGACGUGAGUAUAGAGCUACUCAACAUUGCUGAGAAGCAACGAUUCAUGGACGGGCAAAAGAACAUAGCCAUCAUAUCUGAGGCAGCCAGUUCUGGAAUCUCACUACAAGCUGACAAGAGGGCAAAGAAUCAGAAGCUGCGAGUUCACAUCACUCUAGAGCUGCCUUGGAGUGCUGACAGAGCCAUACAACAGUUUGGUCGUACCCAUCGUUCCAACCAAGUGAGUGCCCCCGAGUACCUCUUCCUCAUUUCUCGGCUGUCUGGGGAGCAACGGUUUGCUAGUAUUGUGGCCAAACGAUUGGAAAGUCUGGGUGCACUCACACACGGAGACCGGAGGGCCACUGAGUCACGUGACCUGUCCAAAUACAACGUGGACACCAAGUAUGGACGUCAAGCACUAGAGACCACCAUCAAAUCCAUAGUGGGUACAGGGCCACAGAUAGUGACCACUGAGGAGUACUCGGAGGAGUUCUUUGAACAGUGCCGUGUUGGUCUUGUGGGUGCGGGUCUACUCAACAAAGACAAGGACAGACCAGCCACAGCGGACAAAGACUCCAUGACAAUGUCCCGAUUCCUCAAUCGAAUUUUAGGCCUCUCGGUCUUCUUACAAAACAAACUGUUUGCGUAUUUCUCAGACACCCUAGCUGCUGUCAUCAAGAAAGCCAAGCGUAUUGGCAAAUGGGACCUAGGGAUAAUGGACUUUGGUGCCUCAGGAGAGAGUGUUGACAUUGUAGAGACGCUAGAGUUCAUAGGAGACCCAGCGUUUGGUACGGCCACCACAAAUUUGCAUAAAAUUAAAGUGGAGAGGGGGAUGUCAUUCAAUGAGGCUCUGGACAAGCUCAACAGCGACAACUACCCAGGGGAAGGUUUCUACGUCUCUAAGAGGGUCCGCAAUGAUAAGCAAGUGGCAUUGCUACUCAAGUCAGCUGACUCCAAGGGCAAGCUGUUCUCAGCCUAUCGUCCCAACACUGGUCAGAGCACACGUACAGAUAAGCUGAGCACUGUCCUCGAAAAGUAUAAGAAAGAGGAAGACUUUGAAGAGGCAGAGAGAUGGUGGAAUACCCAGUACCAAGCCUCCAGCACAAUCUGCACACAUGCUUUCUGGGACGGCAAGUGUCGUCUGGCGAUAGUCAACAACUCGUGUGAGGUGGGAUUGAGACAGAGAACGUAUCAUGUGCUCAGCGGGUCCAUCCUGGGGGUGUGGACUCAUGUAGAGGGGGUGUUCAAUCGCCACUCCUCCCAUGGCCAGAGGAUGCAGAUUGUGAGAGUGAGAGCUCCAAAUAAGAGACUAGUCGGUAUUUUGGUGCCCAAUUCUUUUGUGGUGGAUAUGAAACAGACGCUGGAAAGAGUUGCUCAACAAGCACUGGCUGAAGACGGGACUGCACACAAUCCUAUACAACUUUGAACUAUUCUCAAUCACACAUGAUCCUCUAAUCCUUGUAUUGUGUUCACGUUCAGUCAUGUUCUGCCAUUAUUCACCGCUUCUAUUUCUCUGUGAUACCUAUUUCUAUUUAUUGAAAACAUCAUGA